UCUUUUUUGUCGAUGAUUGUUCAGCAGUUCGUUGUGAUGUUGCUGUUUUCGUGAGAGGAGGUGAGCUCGAUCCUUCUACUCCGCCAUCUUUUCCAGAAUUGAGGGGCUGCUGUUAGUUUGGACGCUUGCUGUCUGUAUCCUCAGCACCUGCUGGCUUUUAUUCCCUUGAUAUGGGGUGUGCAGGUGCAGCCGCCCUUGUGCGCUACUGGGAGGGCGGGGGCAGCACUUGGCGACUGCUCGCAGGUCUCGUAGCGGUGGCCUGUGCCUGCCUCUGGAGCCCACGAUGGCGGCAGCGACUCGCGCCCGCCCCCAGAGCUCCUGUAGGCAGUGUCCUGUUGCCUGGGAGCGCUCGUAAGGAAAGAAGCUCUUACGGUGGUCCCUCCCCUCUCCUCGUGCACCCCUCAGUACGGCGCCUUGGCUCUCUGACAGGCCCCGGCUUCUUCCGAGCACACCCUCAGUUGCCACAGUCCAGCCUCUUCAGCUGUCUCCGUGCAUCCCGCCCCGGGCCUCUCCCUGGGUCUGACCUCCGAAGCCUGAGCUUCAGCACUGGACGGAUGAGCGUCUGAGGCUGGGGAGCGCAGGGUGGCGGCGCCGACCUUCCGUUCAGGCUGCUCUCUGUGCUGCCCUCCGCAGACGGGUUCCUGUGCUCUCCUGCUAGGCUCCGACGCUCGCCGCCUGUCCAGGCUGAUCUCCUCCACAGCUCCCUGCCUGGGGCGCAGGCCCCGUCUACAUUCCUUUCUUUUUCUUUUUCCUUUUGUUCUACCAGGUUAGCUGGAGGUUUUCUUGCCCUUCGGGAAGUCUGAGGUCUUGUGCCUGCGCUCAGGAGCCGUUCUGUGGGAGCCGUCCACGUGCAGAUGUGCUUUCCACGUUCCUGUGGGAGGAGAUCCUACCACAUAGGACAGUAUGCACCUUAAGAUCCUGAAGAAAAGACACAAAACGUCCAAGUAAUGUCUAAAAAUAAUUUGUGAGGGAAACCAUGCCGUCAUCAGGACACCGGCUCCGGGAUGUCGAACACCAUCCUCUCCUGACCGAAAAUGACAACUACGACUCUUCCUCCUCCUCUUCAUCCGAGGCCGACGUGGCAGACAGGGUCUGGUUCAUCCGCGACGGCUGUGGCAUGAUCUGUGCUGUCGUGACGUGGCUACUGGUCGUGUACGCGGACUUCGUGGUGACGUUUGUCAUGCUGCUGCCUUCCAAAGACUUCUGGUACUCCGUGGUCAAUGGAGUCGUUUUUAACUGCCUGGCGGUGCUUGCCCUGUCCUCUCACUUGAGGACCAUGCUCACCGACCCCGGGGCAGUACCCAAAGGGAAUGCUACUAAGGAAUACAUGGAGAGUUUGCAGCUGAAGCCUGGAGAAGUGAUCUACAAAUGCCCCAAGUGCUGCUGUAUCAAGCCCGAGCGUGCCCACCACUGCAGUAUUUGCAAAAGAUGUAUUCGGAAAAUGGAUCAUCACUGCCCCUGGGUGAACAACUGUGUCGGAGAAAAGAAUCAGAGAUUUUUCGUGCUCUUCACUAUGUACAUCGCGCUGGCGUCCGUGCACGCGCUCGUGCUCUGCGGGCUGCAGUUCGUCGCCUGUGUCCGAGGGCAGUGGACUGAAUGCAGUGGUUUCUCACCUCCAGUCACUGUGAUCCUGCUGAUCUUCCUGUGCCUUGAGGGUCUGCUGUUUUUCACUUUCACCGCAGUGAUGUUCGGCACCCAGAUCCACUCCAUAUGCAAUGAUGAAACGGAGAUUGAGAGGCUAAAGAGUGAGAAGCCGACGUGGGAGCGGAGGCUGCGGUGGGAAGGGAUGAAGUCCGUCUUUGGGGGCCCCCCCUCGCUGCUCUGGAUGAACCCCUUCGUCGGUUUCCGAUUCAGGCGACUGCAGACGAGACCUAGGAAAGGGGGCCCCGAGUUCUCAGUGUGAGGCUCUCAUCGUGCUGGGACUUGUUCACGGACUUUAUCUAUUUGGGGUCGGAGAGGGUAUCAGCAGCUCAUCUGUGGCCAGUAGGGCAAGUGGAGAGCAGUUGCUUGCAGCAAGCAGAGUUUAUACGUUUCCGGUCACAGAUGGCGGAGUUCCCACACUAACUGGGUGGCGCUCUGAUCCGUGUCACCGUCCAGUAACAAAGGGACGUGGCCGCGCGGAGAAGCCGAAUGUCAUUAUCUUCCUGCACAGUUAGGAGUUCUGUUAACGUACUUGGCAUUUUCUAAGAAGUUUCGUGGGUUGUUACACGGGUUAAAAUCCUGUGGGCUGAGCUGCUUUUCUCACUCAUGAAGAAAACGAGCCAAGCCAGUGACCAGGAAUUCUGCGGCUGGUGGCUUCGGGGAGCUCCCGCUGGCCCCGUGAUUCCCGAGGGUCCGCCUCGGUCCAGGAGGGGCCUGGAUGCAGGAGCCGCAGGCGCUGCACGGAGCAUCAGGGCUGCAGGUUCGCUCCCCGCCCGGGGCUGGUGGGCCCUGACCCUGUGGGCAAGUCCACGUGUGUCUGUGUGUGUGCGUGCACGUGUGUUUUAAAGUGGGCCGUGUUGUUCAGGCAACAUAACACGUUAUGGGCGUGUGCCACAGACAAGCUAUUUUUUAGAAACCGACGUUUCAGGGAAGAGGGGAGAGCUGCGCGGGGUCCCCCCUCCCGUGGGGUUUACUAUGAAUGUAUUGCAUAUUGGAGAAUAUCUCAAUCCAAAGAACAGUCAUUCCUGUGUGGUCUUCUGUUGCCCUCCUGUUUUAAUUUUUUUUACAAAAAUCUUGAGUGCGUGAGAGGGCUUUGGCACUGACCUGUCUGGUUCUGGCCAAAUGAGCAGCGUGUAAACGGCCCCUCCGUGAGAGGAGAGCAGCGUCUGUGGCGGCCUGGCACCUGCAGCCUGAUGCUCGCGCAGAUGGCCUGCAGGGGGCGCACGCGGCCCCGACGAGGUGAGGGGGCCGCGAGGCAGGAGCCCCUGGGCCCCGUGGGCCUCGCUUGCAGACUAUUCAGGAUGGCGACAGCUUGUCUGAUUUUUCAGUUUUUACCUUUUUGGGGCAUCAUUUUGUUUCUUUACCCACGUCACAAGCGAUAAAAUAGGACCCUUGGUGCAGAGCUUAAAAUUAUGCCAGAAAGCAAACAGCUCCCCUCCCUGGGGACUCGCCUUAAACUUGCCUGGUUUGUCGGUGUUUCGCGGGACUGAGGAGGAAGCCAUCUCUGACAAGGUCUUGGGGGGGGUGGUGUCCCCUGAGCCCACGUCCCACGCUGAGAAGAGUGGGCGUCUCCCUCCUGGUCUCCACGCCUCUCUGCUCAUCUGUGAGCUGUUUUGCUUUCGUUUGCAUUAACCCGUCCCCUGUCCUGAUCAGGGUUUCUACCACUGCUGGCGCAGAACCACAAAGGGCCUAUUGGACAACAGUCUAGCUGAGUAAGCGAGCUGUGGGACGGGUGUGAAAUGGACUCAGUCACUGCAGGACGUGGGCUGUGACGGGGGGCGCCGAGUCGCAGCCGGAGGACUAACAGAACAGGAGACUGAUGGGUUUCCCGAGACUGUUCUGCAGCAUCUGUCGUCUGGGUUGGACGUGUGUAUUGGGCUUCAAUGUGAGGCUUUUCAUAUGUAUAUCCUGGUUAUCAAUAAAAACAAUUAUCAAAGUGGUUGAAUCCUGUGAGACUUGGCAAAUACGUGCAAAUCAAGUAUACUUGACUUUUCAACCUCUUCUUUCAAUGUAACUUUUUUAAGAAAUAAAGCCACCAGUUGACAUUCUCCA